CUAAUCGUAGGCUACGUAGGUUUUCGGCAAAAGAGAGGUUUUCGAAUGCCGCCGGCAUUCGCGCUCGCCGGGAGAGCUUCUCGUCCCUCGUAACUUCGUUCGUUAUGAAGUGAGGUUGGAAUUUAUCCAGCGAACCAGCCUGCGGUGGUGCGAGAGGAACCAGUGAACGCGCAUCCCAUGAAGAGAUGCAUCGCCAUUCGAGAUUUCGCGCGGCGAGCAUUAGCAGCAACGGAGAAGCGACUGGGCAUUCGCGCUCGCUUGUCACCGGUGCAUCAUCCGGACGAUAGCUACCGCGGUAGUUAAUAAUAAUAAUAAUAAUAACACUAAUAAUAAUAAUAGCGUCCCGAACGUUCGGCCAUUCGAGUCGCAGUUUCGAGCUCGAGGAACCGAGAAGCUAACCUCCUCGCGGGAGAGACGGUGUACUGUCAGGGCGAGCCAUAGCGUGCGGAUCGUUAUGACAAAAGGUGGCAUCACUGGGAACGUGUUGAACGCACGGACGGUGCGAGCGCUCGCUCGCAAGACGCCAUUUUACUAACCUUCUUGCCGUUGUGUGUACACCGCGACCAGGGAAACCACGUCGGGGAGGAAAAAAGCGCCGAGGAUAUAGGAUAUUCGUUCGCGGACCGCGCGUCCUCGAAACGACGCCCGACGUAGCCUCGACCCUCCGCCUGGAGCCCCGAGGAGGUAACUCGCCACAGCAGUUUGCGUUAUUAUGGAAGAUGAGGAUGGAGAAAGUAAACUUAUAGAUAUGUGGAACAUCUUGGAGGAACAGCAACGACUCAAGGACUCGACACUGGGUAACGCAUUGAGACAUUCCAUCCAGGACGACGUGUACGCGAAUGCGCUCGAGGAGAGACAGCGCUUCAACAAUUCUAUCAUAGCGAAGGAUUUACCUGGUAAUAAGAAUACGGUACCUAAUCCAAAACUCUUCAAGGGUUUCAAGAAACGGAUCCUGGACCAGGCUCGGAAGAUCCAUCACACGGCCGGUCCGAGGAAUAGCGCACCGGAAGCGCGUCUCAAUGCGCGGAGCGGCAAGGAUAGGAAGACUGAGGUGAAGCGGGAGCGGAAGAUCACGGAAUACGCUCAGUAUCUGGGUCUUCAGCCGUCCGCGAGAUACAAAUGCUCUAAGUGUCACAUGUGGACGGUCUGCGAUCCCUCCGGUGCGAAGCAGAACUCGUGCGUCUGCAAUCCCAGCGCAAGUCCGAUGCCGAGCACCUCGGAAACGGGCGCCUCCGUGUCGCAUGCCGGCGCCAGCAACUUUAAGAUCACCCGAAAGGUUUACCUGUGCGCGGCGUGCGGCACCUACUUCGAGAACUGGAAUCUGUUCUUGCACAUGCGGGACAUACACAAGCGUCACAUAUGCCUCUACUGCCUCGGGAUGUUCGGCCAGGCGGAGAGACUAUCCUACCACCUGAUGAAAAAGCACAGCGUCCCGGAGAUGGCGUUCACCUCGGUCGAGGAUUUCUACGACGCCUUCAAGGGCUCUUGCUACCUAGUCUGUUGCAGCUGCGAGAGGGUCUUCUCAGAGACCGACGACUUCUUCGAGCAUUACUGCGCGCCGACCUUGAAGCAGGAUGUCCUUGACGCCGCCAGCACGCCCGUCUGCACCAUAUGCAGGCAGGACGCGGGCACGCACGCGAGUACCUGCAGUCUAGCACUGUCCUCGGACACGGAUAAAGAGCUGGGAUACGGCUCCUCGACGCCGCUGUCCGAUUCCACGCACGUGGACAGCGCCAUCCCGGCGACUGUCCUUCCACCGGAGAAGGCUACGAAUCUCGGAGGCAAGGGACCACCGAAGAAGGCGAUCAAGCACAGCAAGAGCAAGCAUGGUGGAGGAGGAGGAGACGUGGCGCAAAAUUCCCGCCAAGAGAAGCCGCCGAUUGCGUCGACGAGGAAGCUGGGCGCGAAAAGCCGGCCGGAUGUCCAAAGAGAGCUAACGAAUAAUUUAUUACCCAGGGACACGGUUACCGAGACGAUAAUGGAGGUGUCCAGAUACAUAGGCGGCGACUCGUCCGACGAGAACGACGAGCAGGUAGUGAACAAGGACGCGGGAUUGUUUAACAAUUGCGACAGGAAGCCGGAGGAAGUGUCGCCGAGUCGCCAGCUCGAUCAUGACGAGCCUUACGACAGCGUGACCGAGACUAUCAUGGAAGUGUCGCGUUAUACAGGUGAGAGGGACAGGAACGAGAAAGAAGAAGACUCGAUGUACACCACGAACGAAUGUAAGAUGAGCAUCGAAGGCAACGAGACCUGCGACAAGAGCGAUACCGACCUGAUACGCUCCAUUGAUUCGAGACCGUCUAGUCCGAUCCAGCCCGAAGCUGAAGAGACUCCGAUGAACGACGCAAAAGCGAACGCCAUGUCCGAGCCUGAAGUCGGGAGCGACUUUCGCGGCUUCGACAGCCCGGAAAAUACACCAAGUCCCAUCAAUCGGUCGCUGUUCAGCCCGCAACACGAGUCCCACGCUCUGGACCCGCAGUCCAAGGAAAAGGAUGCUGAAGACGUCGAAAAAGAUGAAGAAGAGAAAAAGGAAGCCACUGAAUCUCAAGCCUCGGCCUCGUUCAACACCGUAGUCACAUCCGACAGGAGCCUGAUCAUAAAAAUCUGCAACAGAAACUCGCAGUUCAGCGUCGCGAGCACCAUCACCGGGAGCAAAAGGUCCGAGAAAAACAACAACGCCCAGGGCUCAUCGAAGGAGAGAAUGUUGAACGGUUCCAGGACGGAGAGGGACAUCAACGGCAGCCACGAGCUGGACGACAGCGAUUCCGACAGCGAUAAAUUGGCGGUGGUGGACAGCAAUCCGGAGGAAAACGAAGAGGACGCUGAAGAAGCUGAAGAAGCUGAAGAAGUCGAAGAGAUCGAAGAGGUCGAGGGUAACGACAGAUGUAACGACACCAGAGACAACGAGGGCCGACAAACUCAAGAAGGGAAUGGAACUAGCGUCACCAUCUCGUCCAACGCGGAGGAACUCCACGGAGGAACGAACAACGAGGCCGAGGACACGCCGAAAAGGGAUCAGCGUACGGUCGACGGCAUCGCGCUGGCUGGCGAGGACACACCGUGCAUCGACCUGAACGUCGAGGGCACUCUGGACAGCAUGGAGCUGGAGGACCUGCUGAAGCGCUGCAUCGAGGCUGCCAGUCCCGUUUGCGUCUACUGCAACCACGCGCGACAUAUUGCCAUCAAUGGCAAGCAACUGGGCCUGCACAUGCUGGCGGAACACAAAUUCCAGCCGCAGCACCCGGCGAUAAUCAUACAGAUGGAGCAGUUCACCGCGCGGGUGAAGCGGUCUCUGGACGAGCUUGAGUCCCGCUACUUCAAUCUGAGCACGUACACCAGCCCGAACGGGACGUACAACGUGCCGGCUGUGCUGAUCUACGAAUGCUUCCAUUGCAGAUUCCACUCGGCGGUGCACAAAGAGCUCUAUCUCCACAAUCGCAAGAUGCACCAGAAGACCAUCCUGAUCUGCAUCAUGUGCAAAUCGACGUUCUACAGCUACAGCGAGCUGCUGUGCCACCUCUGUCCCGGGGUCUACUCGCCGAACGUAAACCUGCGAUAUCGCUGCUGUCUCUGCUCAGUGGCCAGCCUCCCGUCCGCCUUUAGACUCAUGGUUCACCUGCGCAAGCGUCACCACGUCUGCGAUGUCUGUCUGGAGUCCACCGGGAAUCAGCAGCGGCUCUCCAACCACGUCUGGAAGCACAAACUGCAUCAUCUAUGCUACAGAUGUGGCAUCGCUUACCGCAACAAGCCAGACAUCACGAAUCACCUGUUCUGGAAGCACGGCACCGAGAGCGUCCUCUGCCGGAAGUGCGUGCAAAAGAAGUGGCCGCACAUUUACCACUUCUGCAUCCCGCCCACGGCGUUCGUCUGCGAGGAGUGUAACCUGAGUUUUAGCCGCGCGGUGGCGCUGAAGGUGCACAAGAGACUGCACUCGGGCGACUCACCCUACGGCUGCGACGAGUGUGCGGAGCACUUUAUAUCUCGCAAGCUCCUGGCCAAGCACCAGCUGACGCACAGAGAGCCCCCUAAAGUGGAGGACGUCGACGCGAGGAGUACCAUCGACGUGGUGAACCUUCCGGUGGAGGGAGACGAGCAGCCGGACCUAGCGGCGUCGACGGUCGACGGGAUCCCAGCUACGCCGGGGGUCGCCGGGGUCGAAAUUACCUCGAAGAGCGUCAAGGAGGCCGUGAAGAGGGUCGACGUUUACGACCUGCCCCCGCUGAACCUGUCGUCCGAGAGCGACACAGACAGCGAGGACGAGAAGGUCGCGGAGAAAGCCCUGGAGAAGGACAAGCUCGAGGAUACAGCGGCAGAGAAGAAGAAGGAUGAGACCGCUGAAGAAGAGGUCUCCGCUGCUGUCGUCGACGACGUCGCCGCGCUGAACAGUGACAUUGUCGAGAUGGAGCGGAACGAGGAGGAGAAGAAGCAGGAGGCGCGCAUCAUGGACGGUAUCUGGGACAAUUUUAAGACGUACGCCGCCAGCCUGGACGUGGAGGAGUCCGCGAAGAACGUGGCGUUGAAGGAGAGCGUACCCGAAACCGACGCCGCGUAUCUGAGGAGCAUCGUGUUCGCGGAUCACGAUUACUUCGUGGUGUAUUCCGCCGAUAAGGAAAAAAACGAGGAUGAUCUGGCGAGGACCGCCAAGGACGACGAGGUCACGGACGAGCAGGACGAGGUUUCGAAGGCCAAAAGAAGCCCGUCACCCGGCACGCCGAGUCGUAACGUCGACAGCGACGCGAACAAGCAACGGAAGCCGAAGACUCCGAAGAAGAAGAAGAGGAGCGGCAGCACGUCGUCCACGAGCGACUCCUCGAGUGACACCGACUCCAGCAGCUGUUCCUGCGGUACCAACUGCAGCUGCAACAGCAGCACUUCUGGUAGCUCCUCCGACAGUUCCAGCAGUAGUUCUGACUCUGAUAGCUCCACGUCCGAGAGCUCGUCCAGAAAGCAAUCCGGUAAUCGGAAGGAGAAGCACAGCGGUAAGAAGGAGAGGGAACAGAUCGCGCGGGAGAACAAGUCGCAGUCCGUCGAGCCGGAGACCAAACCGGAAGUCGCGGUGGAGAACGGUCUGGUGGUCCCCGAGGUGACGAACGAGGCCCCGACGCCCGUGGCGAAGCCGUUACUGCGGGAGUCCGACCUGGAGACUGAGGAGACCGAAACGGACGAGGAUUUUUACGACGAGCAGCCGCAGUUGCUCGCCAGCAGAUUGCUAACGGAGAAGCGGAACCAGUUGACGUCGGCAGCGACCAAGGAAGGACUAACGUCGACCCCUCUCAGCAACGGUGUUCUGGAGAAGACUCCGCUCCAGGAGUCGAACACGAUAACUGUCGAGGAUCAGCGGCAGCAGCAACCGCUGCAACAGACCCUGAAGAGGAAGACGAAGACGAAAAAGCGACGGAAGGGCGAGAGAGGAGGUAAGCGUAACGCGAAUGCGGUGGAAUCGAUCAAGCUAAACAUUCCUAAGGCAUUUUACCGGAAGAAUCCGGGAUUCGUUGCGUCCUCCCCGGCGAUGCUGCACCAUGCCAAUAGUAGGUCCUUGACGCCGAACCAGGUGCCGGUCGCCGCGUGCAACGAUCAUCACCAGGUUGAGGUGACGCAGCAGCAGCAGCAGACACUAUCCAUUGUCCCUGUCACCGGCGUGUCGAACCAGCACGUGAGUGCCGGCGGCUCAGAGACGGAGAACAAGAGAGUGUCCAAGAGGAAACGCGUGCCGAAGCGUUUUUACGGUGAUUCCAGCGACGACGAGCCCCAGGACAAGCAACCGGCGUUCGGUGGCAGGUGGCGGAAGCUCGAGACCGCUUCUAAUCCCUCAGCCUUUGCGAUGCCUCUGGUGCCGACAACGACGACGACGACGACGUUGCCACUGGCGACGACGUCGCCGAACCCCAAAACGGUUGUCCAACCGUCAAAGUACUCUCUGGGCGGCAAAACCACUAUACAGAUGUACGCUAACAGGGCUCAGGUGACCCAGGCGAUGGAGCAGACAACUAGCCAGCAACCCCAAGCGGUGCUAGCCGAGACCUUGCCGCGUCAGUUUAUCGCGCCAGAGUCUCCCGUAGAAUCCGACGAGCCAGCGGAGACCAGCAGCGACAGUAGCGAGUCCGAGACCGAAGACGCCACCAAUCAAGGUCAACCCAAGGUCAGCCGGAAUAACCUGAUGCCGCCGUUGACCUUGAACAACGCGUCGUCUCAGGCCGCGGAACGACCGGGCAAGAUCUAUUGUUACUGUCGCUGCCCCUACGACGAGGUGUCGGAGAUGAUCGCCUGCGACGGCGAGGACUGCCGGAUCGAGUGGUUCCACUUUGAAUGCGUCGGUAUAAUGGUGCCGCCUAAGGGCAAGUGGUACUGUCCGGACUGCCGAAAGAAGCACGACAUCGUGCAGAACACCGACGAGUAUUGCGAUUGAUAGUUGCCACGUGAUACGAUGAUGACGAACAGAACAAUGACGAUGAUGAUGAUGAUAAUGGUGAUGGUGAUGGGGCGUCCCAAUCCAAAUUCGACCGGUCGGAUCGUUGUUUUUAGGAUUGUAAUGCUAGAAUUUUCUGUUCUUUCUUUUUCACAGAAGAGAACAAAAAAAGAUACUACUACAUUGUUCCAUGUUGAUAUUUUUCUUAAGCCGAUAUAUAGAAGAGAAUGUUUGUACAUAAUUGUGUAAAUACGUCCUAGAGUUUGUAAGAAUGAUAAAAAUGAGGUUUUUGUGUACACAUU